ACUUCAUUAGUUUAUAAUUAUAAUUAACCUUGUUUAAUGUCUGUGAAACCUUAUAGCAGCUCCAGCAUAACCAGCUGUGUUGUGUAUAUUGGUGUCAGUACAGUCUCUGGAUACUGAGGCUGAUGGCAUGGGGAAGAAGCUGUUACUGUGAGGGUCUGAUGGUUUCAUGACCAAUUGUCCAGAGGGUGAAGAUUUUUGCAUGUGGGUCGUCCACCAUCUGCUGCUGAUAUCUUUGCAGCUGCAUCAUGUGGUGUAAAAGCUUUCACCUUUGUUCACUGAGAUACUGGGCAGUGCUGAUGUGUGUAUAAGGUGUUAGUUUCAUCAUCAACCCCACUGUAACACGUGACCAGUGUACGUGACAGCAGUGUUAUAAAAAGGUGAGUAUCUGAGACAGGAGAGCGAGAGACCAGACGGUUCUUCUACAGAUAAAGAUCUCUGUACAAAGAUCUCCUCCUGUGAUCAUCUCACAUCUUCUACUGAACUCCAGCAUCUUGUGGUAGAUUUCUGCUCUCCAUCAUCUGGUACAAACCUCACACAUUCCUCAUCACACACUCUUCCUCAUCACACUCCUCAUCUCACACUCUUCCUCAUCACACACUCCUCCACCGUGUGUCAGGAUGAAGCUUCUCGCUCUGGUGCUCCUGCUCUCCACUUUCUCCUCACUGACCCUGAUGGAGGUUGUGCAGGAUUUUCAAAAUUCUUCUUGUUCCAAGUUCUUCAUCCGAAGCCCAAAUGUAAAACAUGUCAUCACCCCGACUGUUUUCAAAGGCUAUCAGUAUAAGCAGAUUUGUCAGCGCCUGAACAACAAAUACACAUUUGUUACGCUGUAUGACACGAUUCGUAGGAUCCCCGUCUACUCAGCCUACACGUUUUUAGGGGAAAAACAGACGGUUCGGAACAAAGUGUGGAAAAAUGAACCACAGCUGGAAGACAUGAGGAACAGUAUAGAAAUGAGGAAGAUCUCCAAUGAUGAGAUGGAUGGGUUUGUUCACCAGGCACCACACACUCCUCCACCGUGUGUCAGGAUGAAGCUUCUCGCUCUGGUGCGCCUGCUCUCCAGCAGACUCUAGCAAAUCAUUACAUAUAAUUUGUUUGCAAACGAUUCAGUUGUUUUUGAAUGAGUCACUCAGUUGUAAGAAUCAGUCACUGAAUCAAUUCAUUAUUUCGUCUCAUUUCCUGCUUCAAAAUGAAGUGUUCAGUUCAUGAGUUAAACAUCACUGAAAUGCUUUUUUAACAAACCCUCUUUGACUCCGACUCCAGUAAAUAUCAGGCAGACUCCACCUUCACAUUUACCAAUAUAGCACCACAAACAAAUAACAGUAAUGGAGAAUGGGAAAAAGAAGUAGAGACACCGAUGAAGGCAGAGAUACAGAGUGUGUGCAAACAAGAAAAUACAAUCAAGGCUUUUAUAGUGACUGGAGUAGUUCCAGGGAAUAAUUGGAUACCCAUAAGGAGAAAAGAUAAUAAUAAUAAAGAUAAUCCUGUUUUUAAAGGCGUUAACAUUCCCAGUUUUUACUGGACUGCGUUCUGUUGUUACAAUCAGACCACGAGAAUUUCGAGAGCCUACCUCGCUCGGCAAAACGAACCGAACCCCAAAUCUUAUGAAAUAACUCGUUUGAGUGUUGAUAUGCUGAACAGACGCCUCAGCAGUCUGUAUAAUCAGGAUUUCAAAGUAUUUAGUGAUUUGUGUUUGACUUCAGUUCAGUCCGAGUUCGUUCCAUCUGAUUCUCUGGUUUGACCUAAAACUGCUUCAUCAAAUUACUUCAACAAAUGUUUAUAAUGAAUCAGAGAAUCUUUGGUGUGCUUUACUUCACCUGCAGAAACUGAUUAUAUUCCUGUAACAGAACGUCCUCAAGUGUUUUAUUCCUCUUAUCCUACAGAAUUUUCAUACAUUUACACUUUUCUGUGUUAAAGAAAGACACGUCUUAUUUUU